AUGGAUGGACAGACCAAUGAAAAGAUGGAAGAGAAAAAGAAUAGAUGUACCCAGGGUUCAGAGCUUAUAUUGAUCAGCCAUCAGCACAGCUUUGACCCGGUUCCCACCUGGUGCCCGGUCCCUCUGCCCGCAGGCUGCUCCGUCACUGGGGCUGUGACAACCCUGAGGAACGAGCUCAGAGAUUACCAGGGGCAGUUCAGCACUACCCUCCUGCUGGCCCUCUGUGACUGCUUCCACAACACCUUCAUCCGCCACUACAAACUCCAACAGUAUGUCCUCGGCCACGACCAGGACGCCAACCUGACCGUCACCCAACUGGAGGUGUGUGUACCACCCCAGCCCCUCCCACUGUCUCAGGGCAAGGACAGGGCCGUCUGGCAGCAUGAGCAGCAGGUGGCCGAGCUCGAUGCAGCAGAGGUGCAGAAGUGCGCCAACGUGCUGCUCCUGAAGGAGGCCCUGCGCGUGGAGCGAGAGCGCAGGCUGCAGAAGACGUUCCUGGAGGCGCCCGCCCAGCAGAGCCGCGUUCUGAAGAGAGAAGAGUUAGAGAAUCUCAUCAACAAGGCCAUUCACAUCCAGAUGGAGUGUCUGAAGGAACAGCUGCAGUGUGAGAUACAGACAACUUUUGAUAUUUUGGACCUGAAGCUUCAGAAAAAGACUCUGACCCUCAACGCCCCCAUCCCUGUCCCCGUCUCCAUCACCAGCCAGCCCGGCCAAGAUGAAGCUCUCAAGUCCCACAAGACAAACAAAGGAAAGAAAGCGAAAGCGAAGAGGAAGUAGACGGCCUCUGGUGUCCGUGGUGCAAAGAUUCUGGCUGCGGAAAAGCCAUUGCCAGUUCGGAAAGUAUCAUGUGACAUGCUGAGCACCCGGCUGACCAAAGAUUUCUAGCAAUUAAAAGAAACAA